AUGGAUGUAUUUAAAUUAAUUUUAGAGUCAAUUAAACCAGGGCUAACAGUAUCAAAUCAGAGACUAACUGAGUUUCAGAAAUUAUUAUUAUGUUUAAUGAAACUGAGAUUAAAUUUGCCUUUUAAAGACCUGGGUUUUAGGUUCAAUAUUACAUGUGCAACUGCAUCUAUGAUAUUCCGAAAAGUCAUCAUACUAUUAGAGCACAUGUUUAAAAGACUAAUUUAUUGGCCGGAUAGGGAAGCUUUAAGAAACUGUUUUGAAAUUACAAUAGAGAAACCAUCUAACCUAAAAGCUAGGGUACAGAGGUGGUCAUCAUAUAAAAAUAAAAACACGGUUAAGUAUUUAAUUGCAAUAACACCUCAAGGAAGUAUUUCUUUUAUAUCUGAAGGUGAUGUUGUAUUAGCUGAUCGAGGAUUUACAAUAAGUGAAAGUGUUGGAUUUCACUGUGCAACUUUGAAAACUCCAGGAUUUACAAAGGGUCUACCUCAAUUACAUCCUUGUACUAUAGAGGAAACCAGAAAAAUUGCUUCUGUACGUAUACAUGUAGAACGAGUAAUUGGUUUAACUCGUUCUAAAUUUAAAAUUCUCAAUGGUCCUGUUCAAAUUACUACCCUGAAAAACCAAGAUGAUACAACAUGUCUUUUGGAUUCUAUUGUAACCGCACAGUUUUUAUAUGUAAGAGUCUCAUCGUAUGUUUCUAUAGGUUUUAUUUCAGUGUUUGAAAAAUGUCUUCCUAAUAAUUCUGGAAGAAUGGAUUCAUAA